GUCCAACUUCUACCCUGAACUAGGUGCCUACAGUUCUAGAGAUCCUUCUGUUAUUGAAGCACAUGUGCUCCAACUUAGAACAGCAGCAGUAGUAUAUAGCUACAAACCCCACAACCGCACACAGGAGAGAGGAAGUGCGAACAGUCUACUCCCAUUUGGUGGUCUUUGAACAUGACAUCAACAGAACGCCACAGGAGUCACUGAAGAGACCCAUAGAGACUUUCCCAACACAUCCCACCCUACUCUAUUCCUGCCUCCACUUGGGGGAAUCCCCGUCGGCUGUGACAUAGCCUAGACUCAAACCUGUGAGCUGAGAGCUCAGCUUACACAUGGCCAGGUGUCUUUACUGGUUGAUUAAUUCAAAAGGUCCUGAAAAACAUGUUAAAACACCUUUUCGUGAUGCCUUGAUCAAGGCCAUCAGAGGAUAUGAAAGAACUGCGUGGGUUUUACUGUUAUUUAACCUGUUCAAUUUAAAUAGUUUUGGUAUUUUGCUGCAAUCAUAGCUUACCUCUUGAAUGUAAAUGUUAAGAACAACAGCAGGCUUUUUCUGUAUUUUGUUUUACCUGUCUCCAUUUACUUUAUGUGGUGUAAUUCAGUUUUAUGACAUUGUAAAAGCUUCUGAGCCUGAAUUGAUACUUUUCUGUGCACAGCAAUACAAGUUAUUUCCCUCUACCAUGUGUUUCUGUGAAUGCAGGCUCUUGUCAGCUCCCAGAGCAGACAGAAGGGGUUUAUUGUGCUGUUUCAUGUUCCCAGACCCUGCUGAGAUGAAUAAAGGGGUUUUGUAGUUUGUUGAAAAGAGAACAAAAAUCAAUCCGCAAGAAUAGUCUUUUGGUGUUCUAGCAUUACUAUGUUCUUUGAUGUUAAAAUACAAAUGUCCAUAUUCAAGAAGUGCUUCCUCCAACAUUUUGUGUUUGCUGUUUUCACAGACUGUGGAAAGAUGACACUGAGAAAUACAGAGGUGACAACCAUUGUCAUUCUCCAGAUUUACCUUGUAUUCUGCAUGGCCCAUGAUGUCUUACAUAUAAAGACCUUUACUAUGUUCACAAUCAUGUUCUUCCAUUCGUUUAUUUACAUUUUUUGGAUUGCUCAAUGCAAUUUGAAUAAUUUUGAAUAGUACUAAACUGCAUUCAUUUUGUAUGUAUCCUUUUGUUGCUGAUGCUGCACAAAUAUCAUGAAAUUAAAUUAAAUUCAGUAGAGGGCACUGUGAUACCGCUGUUUUUAAUUUCACUGGGUUUUGGAUGUACAGGAUGUGCAGACAGUACAACAUUGCCUUCAGGAUAGUUUGUGUUGAUGUACAGUAGCAGUAUACUAUUAUAUUUGAACCAUUAAUACCUUAAAGCAUCCAACUACUUAAAGAAAUGUUGGAUCACUUAAAUUAAGUUACCACCUUUUUAAUUUUAGCACUAAAGAUUAUGAGGAUCAGGUAUGCUGGGAAAAGGAAGUAGCAGAUGGUUUAAACAGAAUGACGCAUUGCACAGUUUUAUUAAUGAAGACAAGUCCUGGAACCUUACUUGCUGCACUUCCUGCAGGCUCACCCUGAAGUGAAAAAGUUCCAGUAGGAAAACGCUUGUCUUCAUUCUGUUCAUGUAACUAGGUGUCCUGGCCCUGUCUUGGUAUCCACCUGGCAUGAAGGAUGACAAUGGUGAGCCCACUGAUGAGCUGGUGCUUCUCAUCAUGGAUAUUGCUCAUAAAUAUCAAGUGAAGGUCACCUUUCACAUUGAGCCAUAUAAAGGACGAGAUGACCUGAGCAUGUUCAACAACAUUAAGUACAUUGUAGAGAAGUAUGGUGACCACCCUGCUUUCUACAGAUACAAAACAAACACUGGGUUGCUCCAUCCACUGUUUUAUGUUUAUGAUUCCUAUUUGAUUAGUCCUGAAAUGUGGGCACGUCUCCUCAAAGAUACAGGCCAACACAGCAUCAGGAACACUCCAUAUGACGGCAUUUUUAUUGGUCUCCUUGUGGAAGAGAAGCACAAGACAGGCAUCUUGACAGCUGGGUUUGAUGGCAUGUACACGUAUUUUGCCACAAAUGGAUUCUCCUAUGGUUCAUCACAUCGUAAUUGGAAAUCCAUAAAAAGGUUCUGUGACAGCAAAAAUCUGAUGUUCAUUCCGAGUGUUGGGCCUGGUUAUAUUGACACAAGUAUCAGACCGUGGAACUUCCACAACACACGACACCGCAUCAAUGGAAAAUACUACGAAACAGCAUUAAGUGCUGCCUUGGAAGCAAGGACAGAUAUUGUUUCUAUAACUUCUUUUAACGAGUGGCAUGAAGGAACUCAAAUCGAGAAAGCAGUGCCAAAAACAUCUGCUCUGAACACUUAUCAGGACUACCUGCCUCAUAAACCAAGUAUAUAUUUAGAUAUUACCCGCAAAUGGGCUGAAAGAUUCACUAAAGAAAGAGAGAAGUGGCUCAUAUGAAACAGGGAAACUGGCAAGAAUGUAUAAACUGAAAAUGCCUCUCUCAUUUUAUUGGUUAUGCGUUCAUUUUAUGUAUCAGACAAAUGAUCGAGACAGAAAGGAAACCACUAAUAUGCACAGUAAAUUCAGUUUUGUUGGUCAGUAGGUGUUUAAUGUUAAGUUUUACAAAACGGUAAUCUUUCAAGAUUCCCAUGCUGGCCAAACAUAAUUAAAAUUGUGAAAUGUUAUAAUUUCCUGUUCGGUGAGAGUUUCUUAAAUUCAAAUUGAAUUGAUUUAAGUGUUUUGUUUCGUAAUGAAUGAUUUAAGUAUUUAGAUAUUUUUUUUUAUAAACUGUGUAGAACAAUGUGUGUCAUGUUUCUCAUUAUUUGGGUUGUCUUUUGUUUCAGUGUUUUUGCAGUGCAAUGCAUGAAUUGUUUUGAACGAGAGCACUGUGCUACUGCUUCUAAAUUCAUUGAUCAUUGAUCUCGUACCUCUGGUUUUUGGAUAGUGGGGAAAAUUGAAAACCAUGCCAAAAGUAAAUUAGAUUAUAUUUUUUAAAUUUGUGAUUUGUCAUUUCAUUUUUCUUAGGAAAUGACAGACCCCAUAACUGUAAAAUUAUAUAGUGAUGUAAGGCUCAUUUUAAAUUUGUAUUUGUAGUUUACAGAGUUAAGAUAAGUACUCUUAACAUACUUUCAUACUUCUUUAUUUAGUUCAUAUUCUUUAAGAGAAGUAUGAAAAUCAAAUCCUCUCCCUACACUCAUCAGACAUUAAUAAGACUUGCUAUUUUUGCCAGAUAUGCAGUACUUCACAAUUUUCAAUUUUUUACAUUCACAUUCUGUUUUCAUAAACUUGAUGUUCACAGUUCAAAACAAAGGCUUUGAGAUGCUCUCCAGUGAGCAGGCUGAUGAGCCUUAUACAUAAAAUAAUUCAAUUCAAGGGUUAAAUAUGAUUUAGGCUUGUGACUUCAAUUCACCAUACUCUAAGAGAUGCUAUUUUUAAAGAGGUGUGAAAACUGUCUUCAGUCGGCUGAGCCCGUGUCUUAACUCAUUUUCCUCUCUUUUCCUGAAUGUCUCCUUUCUGUUGACAGCUAACUUACUGCUGUGUUACCGAAAUGUACAACAACACCUCAGACCUGUGCAUAAACUAAAUGUUAUAUUUGGGAACUGUGGCAAGUCCUUUUUAUUUUUGCCUCUGCCACUUUUAAAAUUGCUGUGAAAUGCCAAACCCCCUAGACUGUAAAAUUAUGGGACGUUACAUCAGAGUCAAAGUUCUGCUGGCAGAUUAAACGACUUUACCACCAUUUUGGAUUUUUAAUCAAAUCUAAGGAAUUUAAAAAAUUGUAGUUCUCUAAAAUAGAACAUAGUAGAGUUUUAAAACAUGGCGGACCAUGUUCCACCCUUUCCAUGAUAAUGAAGAGGUGGAAUCAUUUGGCCUCCAUUUUGGAUUUGGGUGAAGAACCUCUCUAACACAGUUAAAUAUUUAAAAAUGUUUUUAAUUACUUUUAUAAAGCCAUAUUAUUUACAGCUUCUUAAAAAUAAUGAAGAUGAUUUUUACAGAUGUUGAUUUGGAAAAUAAUUGUAUGUAUGUUAAAUACAGUACCAGCUACCUUUUGAACAUACGUAGCAAUAUGAUUACAAAAGAGUAGAGGUAAUUUGGUCCAUCUAGACACUUUGGAAGGUCUUAAUUGGUCCAAAGAUCUCAUUGCACUGUUUCUUGAGAGAUGUCUGGAUCUGCUCUCCAUUAUGUGAACAAGUUCUUUUAGUUUUCCAAUUUUUUCCAACUGCAAAUGUUCAAAUGGUGAGAGCACAGCGACAAAGUACUGCUACAGUAUUUACUGUACUACAAUAAUAAGCGCUUAUAUUAAACACACAAAACUAGCAUCAUUGUUAUUGUUGUAAUGUAUUUGCUCUUUCUACGUUGGAGGGUGCACUGUGUACCAUAAUAAUUUACUUAAAAAGCAUUUUAUCAGAUGCAAAUGAUUUACAGCCUAUUGCUCUUGCAGCUGUAUUACAUAGUUCCUGGGGGACAUUACAGUGAUUUCACAAUUCUGUAUUAAGCAUGUGGUCUUUCUUUAUGUGAAUUUUAAUUUAACAUUUAAAAAUCUGAGCAACAUGUUUAGUUGUUUUGGUAAAUAAUAUUUUACUGCUGCUUGCAGUUGAUGUCGCAGAGGUUGAUGGCACAGUAUGGCAGUUUGAAAUGAAAUAAAGUCUAUAAUAUCUCAUAUAAAACUCAAUAAAAGAAACAGCUUAGUAAA